AAGGAUAAAGCAAAAAACAUGGAUUUGAACAUCCUUUUCUUUUUGUGCGGUUGAAAAAGAAGUAAACAGAUAACAAGAAAUGAGACAGAAAUAAAACCAGAGAGAGUCAAAAUUCCAAUUACCCGUCAAAUACUUCCAGAUCCAAUGGCAGUUCCGGUGAAGGUAUACGGACCUCCAUUAUCCACUGCAGUUUCAAGAGUCUUAGCUUGUCUCAUCGAGAAAGAUGUUGAAUUUCAGCUCAUCCCAAUUAACAUGGCAAAAGGCGAGCACAAGAAGCCCGAUUUCCUCAAGAUUCAGCCCUUCGGCCAAGUACCAGCUUUUCAAGACGAGAGCAUCUCCCUCUUUGAGUCGAGAGCAAUUUGUCGGUACAUAUGUGAGAAAUACGAAGAGAAAGGAAACAAAGCAUUAUACGGAACAAAUCCGUUGGCCAAAGCUUCAAUAGACCAAUGGCUAGAAGCUGAGGGACAGAAUUUUCACCCACCAAGCGGAGCUUUAGUGUUUCAGCUGGCAUUUGCGCCGAGAAUGAAGAUUCCUCAAGAUGAAGGAUUAAUCAAACAGAACGAAGAGAAGUUGGGGAAGGUAUUGGAUAUUUACGAGAAGAGGCUGGCGGAGAGUCAGUUCUUGGCGGGGGAUGAAUUUUCUUUGGCGGAUCUGUCUCAUCUUCCUAACACGCACUAUGUCGUGAAUUCUACUGAUCGGGGGCAGCUUUUUAGUUCGAGAAAGAAUGUGGGUAGAUGGUGGAGUGAAAUCUCUAGCAGAGAAUCGUGGAAGACGGUGGUUCAGAUGAUUAGAAGUGGUCGAGCAGGUUAGCUGGGUUUUUCAACCACUCAUGGCCUAAUCUGUUUUUAAUUUUCUUUUCGGCCAGUUUUUGUAUUAAAAUGAAAAAAAAAAAGAAUGAUUAAGAGUGCCCCGUUGAUAUUAAGAAAAAGAUAAAUUAUAAGGGCGUGUUUGAACUUUCCAAAAUAUUAUUUUAGUGCAUGAAUGUUUAUUUGUAUAUUAAA